CGUCUCUCGUUGCACCAUGGUUUAUAUUUGAUCCAUUAAGAAUUUUAAUUGAACUCCGGAGUAUCGAGAUCGUGCAAUCGCUUCAACUGAUUACACACGAUUCGACACAAACCUCUUUGAGUCAGUAAAUGACUAAUAUCGCCCAAAGGGCCAACUUCUUGGUACUAUUCAUGAAUCAAUGCCCUACUCAUUAUUCCCCCACGGCUUCAAGCCAGUCGCAUGCUAUGAUCAAACAAUUGUAGGAUUGCGGACUGAUAGCUCUUCCCGUGCGAACCAACUGACGUGAUCGCUCGGCUAAAGGAUAUAGAAUCAUUGUUUGGAUAAAAUCUGGAGCCGAUACAGGGGAAUCUAAUCAUGAUUGUUGAGGGAAUAAAGAUAAAUAGGCUAGCAAAUCCUUCUGUAGGGCCCCCAAAAGCUUGCAAAUUUCCAUCGAAUCUUCUGACGCUUUUCUCCUUGGAACUUGAGCCGGCAAGAAUGAGUGCGAGGAGAUUUCGGGCGGUGAGAAGACGGGGCGAGCUGGGCGCGUCGGAGUCGAACAGGCAAGAGGAGCCGCCCUGCUCCUUCCCGGUUCGGCCAAGCGCCGCACGUCUCGGAGGCUCUCGGUCGGACCAGACACAGCCCCACGAAGAGGACGAGAAGCCGGGAUUUUUCAACCGCACGGCAACCACGAUGGACGGCAAGAAGCGGGGCUUGCCACUUCCUGUGCUGCCGCCGCAACGACGUGUGAGAUGCGGCUGGGUGCUUACAGGUGCAGCUAUUGUGGGUGUCGUCUUGGUCGCCGCCGUUCCCCAGUGGACGCCGACCAGCUCCUGCUUUACAGCUUCCCAGGGCGAUAUAUUUGGUACCCAGAGAGUCGACUACGCCAAUCGAGGCCAAGCUCAAUCUGCCGCCGACUCCCCUUAUGGGCAGUUUCCGGCCGCCAAAGACCCGUUCCGCUUCUUACCUUGCACACGCGCUACGCUGCCGCCCGCCAUCGAGGAUGCCAACGCUGAACGCACCUGGGCUGCCCUCUUCGACCCAAACCCAGAUCAUUGGAACUGGACGCCAGCACCAACCAACCAAAUCGUGAGACCUACAGAUCCCUAUGCCGGGCGUGGUAUAUACCUGUGCGGCUACUUGGAUGUUCCUCUUGAUUACACCAACAAGGCCGACAGCCGCAUCGCCAGACUUGCCGUCACUAAGCUUCAAGUGUCUGGGCUUGCGCGGCUCGACCCCAGCUCCGGUGCUCCCACGAACUCUUCGGCCGGCAGGAAGAGUGAAAGAACCAUAGUUAUCGAGCCUGGCGGUCCCGGUGGAAGCGGUACCGGGUAUGCUUGGCAGUCGUCAAGGGGCAUCACCCAGUUUCUGAGCGAUAGCAAAUUCGAUGUUCUGGGGUGGGACCCCCGUGGUGUCAAUGUCUCGCUUCCCGCAGUUGCCUGUUUCCCGCAUGAUCCUGACCGGGACCACUUCUACCUGCUCACUUCCAAGCACCGUGCGGUGUCGGACUCUCCAAGAGCCCAGCUUGAACUUACCGACGCCAUGAACGAAGCCGUCUUCCGCGCCUGCUGGGAGCGGCAAGGCGAUCUGGGCCGCUUUCUUGGCACCGCUUUUGUCGCCCGCGAUUUGGAGCAGAUUCGAAUAGCGCUGGGUGAAGAUGAGCUAACUGGCUACCUCGUCAGCUACGGGACAGGCAUCGGCCAGACGUAUGCCAGCAUGUUCCCUGGCAGCGUGGGUCGUAUUAUCCUGGACGGUACCGAAUAUGUCCGCGACCACCGUGAGCGUGGCGGCUUUGGAUGGACCGCUCUUGAUAACACCACUGAUGCGUGGCAUGACGGCUUCUUGGGCGAAUGCGUGAAUGCUGGGUCCCAGUAUUGCGCUCUCGCAAAAUCCACCGACGGCAACCCUGUCACGCUCCCGAGCCUCGUGAAGCGCAUGGCCACACUUAUGGCCUCUCUUGUCGACCGUCCCAUUCCCGGAUAUUCUGUGCUAAGCGGUGCAACAUUGGUCACAUACUCAGCCCUUGUUGAUACCAUUUAUGGUGCCAUGUACAGCCCUAGCAGCUGGCCCACUCUUGCUCGAAUCCUAGCCGAGCUCGAGGCUGGCAAUUCGACAUUGGCGGUGGCGGCACUCGAGAACUCUUCCUGGUACUACGACCCGGAGUCUUCCUGUCCCGAAAUUGCCAGGCCGUCAUCGGAUGAGCUGGGUCAGAUGGUCAUUUGUGGAGAUUCCUACGACGCUACCGAGUCUGAUGACAUGGAAUGGUGGCUCUCUCUCUGGGCAAACAUGACUACGAAGUCAUGGGUUGCUGGGAACUCCCGUUUUUACAGCGUCUUCCCAUGUCGACACUACGUGACUUACUGGCCUCAUCCGGCCGAAGUUUUCCGGGGCGACUUGAACCACCCCCUCAAGAACCCGGUUUUGCUUAUUGCCGUGACAUAUGACCCCGCAACUCCGUUGCGAAACGGGAGGCGCCUGCUUGACGAGAUGGGACAGAACGCUAGGCUGAUUGCGCACCACGGCUAUGGACAUGCGUCAAGAGCCGAUACUUCGAACUGCACCCAGUCCAUAGCCAAGAACUACAUUCUUCACGGCAUUGUACCCGAAAAGUCAGAGACAGCCUGUUAUGCGGACGAAAAACCAUAUUUAUAUGGUGUCAAGAAGAACCAGACAUUAGUCCUGAGUGCCCAAGCUGAGACCGAGGAUCCUAUAAAGGCAUGGAAAGAGCACCUGCGACAAUUGGCGCUUUGGAAUCCGAGGCUCGUGCCUGGUUGAUAGGGUGGACUCCCGAGACAUGUUUGUGGGGGUAGGCAAAAGCUAUUGAAUAAAUAAUUGAAAAAAGAACAGAAAAGGAAAUAAACGGGCGGCCACUCAAAAAACCUGUUUACGAAACACA